UUUGCUGCUCUACCUCUAACUAACUCGAUCGAUCAUUAAGUAUCUUAUUUAAAAGGAGCGAUCCAAUUAAAAUGUUUAGUUUUUCCGGAAAAGAAAAUGAUCAUCUCUUCUCCCGCCGCUGCGUUUUGGUUAACGGUCCGGUAAUUGUCGGCGCCGGCCCUUCAGGCCUUGCUGUCGGUGCCUGCCUUAGGGAACAGGGCGUCCCGUUUGUGGUCGUUGAAAGAGCUGAUUGUAUAGCUUCUCUCUGGCAAAAGAGGACUUAUGAUCGUCUUAAGCUUCAUCUCCCUAAGCAAUUCUGCCAACUCCCCAAACACCCAUUUCCCGAUCACUUCCCGGAAUAUCCCACCAAGAAACAGUUCAUCGAUUACCUCGAAUCCUACGCAAACAAGUUCGACAUCAAACCGCAGUUCAACGAGUCCGUUCAGUCCGCCAAGUACGACGAGGCCUGCCGUCUAUGGCGCGUCAAGAGCGUCUCCAAUUUGGACGGGUCGGAGGUGGAGUACAUCUGUCAGUGGCUGGUGGUGGCCACCGGCGAGAAUGCAGAGUGCGUCGUGCCGGAGAUUGACGGUUUGAAGGAAUUUAACGGUGAAGUCCUCCAUUCAAAGCCAACACUCCACGCAUCUCAGUAUAAAUCCGGCGAAAGAUUCUCAGGGAAGAAAGUACUCGUUGUCGGUUGCGGCAAUUCGGGAAUGGAAGUCUCUCUGGAUCUCUGUAACCACAAUGCAGAGCCGUCAAUGGUGGUUCGCAGCUCGGUUCACGUAUUGCCAAGGGAAAUAUUGGGAAGAUCGACCAUAGAGUUGGCCACCCUGAUGCUGGCGUGGUUGCCUCUGUGGCUAGUGGACAAGAUCGUGCUCUUGUUUUCAUGGAUGAUAUUUGGAAACAUGGAGAAAUACGGGCUCAAGAGGCCAAAAAUGGGUCCCUUAGAGCUCAAGCAGAACGCCAACGGGAAGACGCCCGUCCUAGACAUUGGCGCUCUCGACAAGAUCAGAUCCGGAGAAGUUAAGGUUGUUCCAGGAAUCAAAAGGUUUGCAUCGGGAGGAGGAUCCGUGCAUCUCGUCGACGGUCGAACGCUAGAGAUCGAUGCGGUCGUUCUUGCAACUGGGUACCGUAGCAACGUCCCAUACUGGCUUCACGAAACAGAGUUUUUCACAAAAGACGGAUUCCCAAACACUCCGUUCCCAAAUGGGUGGAAAGGAAAGGCCGGUCUUUAUGCAGUUGGGUUCACUAGAAAGGGUCUGGCUGGUGUAUCCAUAGAUGCAUUGAAGAUCUCUCACGACAUUGCCAAAGUUUGGAAACAAGAUUUGCAGCAGAAAAAAGACAAAGCUCCCCGACUUAGACGAUGCAUUUCACAAUUCUAA